AUGGCAUAGAACCAAAUAGUAGGAGCAAUAAAAAUAAAAGAUGGCUUGUUUAUUGGAGAUGAAUAUGCAUCUUAGGUUUGGUAUUUGAUUCAAUAAAGGAUCGUGAAUUCAUAAUGACAAAUAAAGUUACUCAUAUAAUAAAUUGUGCUGGAACGGAAGUACAAAAUAAAUGGACAUUAAUGGGAGCAAAGUAUUUAACUUUUAAUUGGUUGGAGUAAGAUAAUGAAGUAUUGAUUAAAAAUAAUAUAUUUAGGUUUUAUUUGAUGAAAGAAAUGAAAAUGUUAAUAAAAUAUUUACAUUCAUAGAAGAAUGUUUUCAAUAAGGAGAGAGUUGCUUAGUCCAUUCAGUUAGAGGGUAGAGUAGAGCUUGUUGUGUACUUGCAGCAUAUUUUAUGAAAAAGUUCGUUAAAAUAUUUAAAUUUAAUAGAUAUUCAUGGACACUGUAUAAAACUCUUGAAUAUCUAAAUUCAAGAAGACCAGAUCUAGAAAUUAGAGCAUCUUUCUUUUAUUAAUUAAAUGCUUUAGAAAGUAGAAUGACUAAAUAAGGACCAAAAAGAACAGCUUCUUGGAAUGAAUUAACUUCUGAUGAUUAAAACCCUUUAUAAAUGCAAGAUGAAUUAAUUAUUAGAAAUACCUUCUUAAAUUCACAUAAUGGACCUGUUGAUGAAAUAUAUACAAAUUUACAAGCUAAAUAAGUAAAAUAUUUAAUUCAUUCUUUUAAGGGUGUGUUAUCAAAAGUUACAAAUUAAAAGUUAAAAUGGAAAGAUUAAAUCAAUAAAGAAAAUAUUUCUUUAGCCACUGUUGUUUAUUCCGGUUCUCCUGAUUUUGUUCCUGUUUCUGAUAUUAAUUUAAAAGUUGAUCCAUUAAUACCACCUAUUCUAAAAGUAAAUCUUAAUCUUUAAUUAGGGAGCAUAAAAGAAUUAAUCUUUAAUAUAACCUCCUAAACAACCAUAAAUUUAAUCAAAUUUUACUAAAAGUUCUCAAAAUGCACCUUAAGUAAGAUCUGCCAGUAGUAAAUCUUAAUAAUAAGAUUAAAGUGAUCUUUAAUUAAAUUCUAAUAUUACAUCAGCUAAUCUUACUAAUAAUCCAUCCUUUUAAAAUCUAUUAAUGUGUGCUAUGAAAACCAAAACCCCUUAAUAAUAAUAAGAAUUACCUAUUAAAAAAAAUAAUAAUUUAAUUAAGACUUAAAUUGAAAAUCAAAACAAUUUACCUAUGUCUUAAAUUGCAGCAAACUUAGUUUAAUUUUAAGCAUCUACUAAUCUUAAUUCUGGAAUUAGAAGUAAUUCUUUGUAAUAAAAUGAUGAAAAAAAAAAUUAAAUCGACACCAAUAAUAACAAUAGACCUAGCUCUGUUAAAUAAAAAGAUAAUUAACCAUCUAUUUUAACCAAUUUCUAAGAAUUUAAAAACUAAGUUUAAUAAUCUUUAAAUUAUUUCAAUAAAUAAUAAGAGACUAUUUUAAAUAUGGAUAAAUAAUCAUUACAAUCUUAAACUACAUAAUUAACAACAUAAUCAAAUACUACUUAAUAAUAAUAAUAAACAUUAUAGUCUGUUUAAUAAUAGUAAACAUUAUUAUCUGUUUCAUAAAAUAAUGCUCAACAAAAAAGUAAAUUAGAGUAAUUAAUUAGUCCAACCUUAAUUUAGUAAAUGAAUUCUACAAAACAUUCUGAAAUAUAAAAAACACUAACUUAAUCAAUAUCUUAAUUACAAUCUAGUUAUCAGAAAUUUUAAUAAUUAUAAUAAAAGAACUAAAUUAAAUAAUCAUAAUCAUAAUCAUGUAUUUAGAAAUAAAAUGCAUAAAUAAAUGAUGUUUCAAUUGCCAAUCCUUCUGGAUUAAAUUUAGUUAAAGUUUAAGAAAGAAGUACUUCCUUAACCAAAAAUUAAGAUAAUACAGAUUAAAAAAAUAGACCUAAUAGUGCUGAAGUAAAAGAUGGUUUUAGAGGGGUUAAUUAAACAAAAAAAGAUAGUUUGUCUCCAUUUUAAAAAGAUCCUGUCAAAAAAGUAACUUAAUAGGGUCCUCCUUUACCUUAAUCCAGUUCUUAGAUUUAUUUAAGAAAUGUUUAAUGUAGAAGAUAAGCUGCAUCCACAUUAAGAAAUCAAUAGAAACCAAAUAAUUCGUUUUAAGAUAAAUAUCUAAAUUAAAGUGCCAAUCAGGUUUAAAAUAAUAGUAGUUUUAAUAAUAAUAGUAAUUCUGCAAUCGAAACUGAUUAAAAAUAAUCAACUAAAGGAGUAGUUACUGAUUUAAAUCAAUUUAAAAAACUUAUAUCUCCAUAAAAUUUAACAAAAAGCUAAGCUUAGUUUGUUAAAAAUUAACCUAUAAGAGUUUUAUAAGAAUUGACAGAAAAAACUUAGUCUUAAAAAUAAGUGUAUGUUUUAUAAUUUUAUUAUUAGUAAAGCUAAAGAUAAUGUUUCAUCAACUAGUUUUACUAUGGUCUAAAAACCAUCUACAGUAAAUACAAGAACUUUUUCACCAGCCAUAAAAAGUAUAAUUAUAUUAAUUUAUUUUUAGAUGAAACCAAAAAUAAACCAAAUAACUCAACAAAUGUAAGAUAAAAAGUUAGGAAUUCUUCCCCUGGUAUAUCUAAAGAUUAGGAUUCCUCUAAUUCAUUAUAAAAUGUAUCGUCGACUUUUUAAGGCAAAAAUAGUUGGAAAAUGCUCUGA